AUGUUGCUCAAAAUGGUAGCCAACGCCGAUGAUGAUACAAUGUCAACAUCUUUUUCAGGCAUUGAAGCUCCCCAUACUGCUGCGUGUGCAAACCGGCUGGCUCUUGCCAAACAUUUGGGCAUCCCACCUGAUCAGGUCCCUUUGCCGAAGCUGCUUCACAUGAUUGAGUGGGACAGUGAGAACCAAGAGGAGCUUUUACUGAUUGCAAGGCAAACUGGUGCAUGUCUCUUUUCAGAUAUCGCCAGCUUCUUCCGCCAAGAGCUACAAGAGACCAUAGACAAUUUGAAGGAGAAUCCUGCCCUCUCUGUUGAAGUUCUUGCUCCUAUUAUCGCGGCUGGAAACGCUAUGACUGACAGAGGGUUUUGCUUAACCCACAAGCGCAGAUGCCAGCUUAGCUCUGCGAAGAAGCACACUGGAGGGACUAGUUGCGUCCCAUUCAGCAAGAGAGGGGUUGGGCUUGGUCUUAAAGACCCUGCCACCAUCUUCAGUUUGGCGUUUAUUGGCUUGCGCCUCCUUCUGGAGGAGCCUGAUGUUACACAGGAGAAUGUGACAGGCGCAGACAUCAGUCUAUUUGAGCGGUUUCUGGCACCAAGAUACCAUUUUGAAGUCAUGGAGCUUGAGUCCACUUUGCUGGGAUGGCCCUGCGCAAGGCGCAGACAAUUCGUCAGGAUGAGACACAGGGUGAAGGUAUUAGCCGAGAUAUCUCCCCUGGCCCGCUUCAGCCGCAUCUUUCAACGCGGAUGCACAUUUGAUUGGAGACAGUUCUUUUUCGCGGACCGACCACAGUUUGCGAACAAGUUGACGAUCAGUCAUGAGCUUGACAAAGAGUUAGAAUGGGCACAGGGUCGGCCUGGGUCUGGAGGAUUCAAUCAGGAUCCGGUUAGCCUUGAUGACCCAUUGUGUUUCCGAAAAGUUCUCACGUCAUCAGAAGAAUGGUUUCGGACCGUAUAUGCAAACCAGUGGCCAGACUCAGUCUUCCAGCUGAACCAGAACCCAGACACAAGCUUCGAGACACACAGUGCUGGCCAGGUUUUGGCUACAGUGAUUAGGAACACGCAUUUGCUGUACUGGGAUGUGAAGGAUCGCUGGAUGUCUGGAACAGAGCUCUUGUGCACUCAGGGUUUCCCAUGCUACCCACCAAUGCGGUCUUCUUAUCCCAUCAAGCUACUUGAACUGAUUGGUAGUUGUGGGAGUUGUGGGGCGGCUAAGGUUGAAAACACCUGGUGA